AUGAUGAUGAUGUUAAAAAGACCACAGGGUCUCUUGAGACAAUUUGUCAGAUUCAAGAAUGGUUCUACUUCUGCUUUAGCUUAUAAAACCUUACAUCGUAAUCAAAAGAGACCACCUUUACCAACUUUGGAAACUCCAAGUUAUUCAGCUGAAACUGCCAUUACUUCUAUUUUAUAUGAAACUCCAGUUCCAUCCAAGGCUCCAAGAAAGCAACACGUUUUAAACUGUUUGGUUCAAAAUGAACCAGGUGUGUUAUCACUUGUUUCCGGUACUUUGGCUGCAAGAGGAUUCAAUAUUGACUCUUUAGUUGUUUGUAAUACUGAAGUCAAGGAUUUGUCACGUAUGACUGUUGUUUUGAGAGGACAAGAUGGUGUUGUUGAACAAGCCAGAAGACAAAUUGAAGAUUUAGUCCCAGUAUAUGCAGUUUUAGAUUAUACUAAUGCUGAAAUUAUCAAGAGAGAAUUAUUAUUAGCUAGAAUUUCAUUAUUAGGUCCUGAAUAUUUCCAAGAAUUGAUUGCUGCACAUCAAUUACAUGUUGACGAUGCUUCAGCAAUUCCAGAUUUAGCUGCAUGUGACUCAGCAUACCAUCCAAGCAACUUGGCUCCAUCAGAAGCUCUUAGACAAAAGCAUCUUCAUUUAGACCAUAUUUCUGCCCUUACUGAUCAAUUUAAGGGUAGAGUGCUCGAUAUUUCUGAUAGAAACGUUGUUGUUGAAUUGUGUGCCAAGCCAUCUAGAGUUUCUGCUUUUAUUACAUUAUUGCAACCAUUUGGUAUUUUGGAAUUGGCCAGAUCUGGUAUGAUGGCCUUACCUAGAACUCCAUUAGAACAACAUCAUGAAGAAGAAGAAACCUCAAAUGCAGCUGAUAUUGUUGAUGCAUCUCAAUUACCACCUGGUUAA